GUGUGGCUUAUUUUAUAUCACGUGACCAAACACGGAAGUAACUUCAUCCGCUGCCAUCACCACGUCGUGCGUUUUUCGGAGUAAGGCAGUUUAAAUCCGCGCUUUAGCUUACUGGUGAAGGCAGUUACGCCAACUUGGUCGACAGAGGCCAUGACGCAGGCGGAAAAGGAGCAGGAUAACGGAAAAGAAAAAGAGCGAGACAAAGAGAAGGAGAAGGAGCAGCGAGGGGUGAAAAGACCCAUCGCGCCGCCGACUGUCCCGGAUCCUCUCCAGGAGCAAAUACAGAGCAACUUCAUCAUCGUCAUCCACCCCGGCUCAAGGACGCUGCGCAUCGGCCGAGCGACAGACAACCUCCCCGUGGCCGUCCCGCACGUGAUAGCGCGCCGGCACAAGCAGAGCGGCCAGCCCAGAUACGAAGACGCCUGGCUGCUGCGGGAAGGUCUAAACAAAGCGGAGAGCAACGAGCAGAGGCAGAACGGGCUCAAAAUGGUGGAGCAGGCCAUUUGGUCCAGGAAGAUGUCCAACGGCGUGAGGAGGACGCCGGUGUCUGCGGAGCAGGCGAGAGCGUACAACUGUCAGAUCCGUCCUGCCGUGCUGGACAGCAGCUCCAGGGUCAAGUGGACCAACACGGCUCAGCAGCCGCCUCACCUGGUGGGAGAGGAGGCGCUGUACGUAAAGCCCACAGACUGUUACGACGUCCACUGGCCUGUGGUGAGAGGUCAGCUCAACGUGCACGCCGGCCCCGGAGGGUCACUGACGGCUGUCCUGGCCGACCUUGAGACCAUUUGGACUCAUGUCAUUCAAAAGAACCUGGAGAUCCCCCUCAAAGACUUAAAGUAUUACAGAUGCAUCCUGCUGGUGCCUGACAUCUACAACAGGCAGCACGUCAAGGAGCUGGUCUCCAUGCUGCUUCUCAACCUGGGCUUCUCAGCGCUCAUCGUGCACCAAGAGUCCGUGUGCGCCACCUUCGGCAGCGGGCUGAGCAGCGCCUGCGUGGUGGACGUGGGAGACCAGAAGACCAGUCUGUGCUGUGUGGAGGACGGAGUCUCACAUAGGAACUCCAGGUUGUCUUUGGCGUACGGCGGCUCGGACGUGACUCGCAUCUUCUUCUGGCUCCUGCAGAGGGCAGGCUUUCCCUACAGAGACUGUCAGCUGUCCAACAGGCUGGACUGUCAGCUGCUGCAACACAUCAAAGAGACACUCUGCCACCUGGACCAGGACAUAUCUGGACUACAAGAUCAUGAAUUCCAAACACGUUUCCCAGAUGCACCGGCUCUUCUCUACCAGGUCCGCCUAGGAGACGAGAAACUCCAGGCUCCCAUGGGACUUUUCUACCCCAGCACCUUUGGCAUCGUGGGUCAGAAGAUGACAUCACUGCAGUACCGUUCCCAAGGCCACCCCGAGGACCCUCAUGAUGAGCUCUACUUACUGGCCACGCACAGCAAACAAGACCAGUCUUCCAAGUCUGCCUCCGACCGGAAGGCGCCGUCAAGACCCGGCGGGGCUUUGGACGGCGACAUGAGCGGGCAGGGCGGGAUCGGCGAUCUCUCAGACGUGCCAAGGGGAGCUGGCGCGGCGGCGCAGGGGGAGAUGGAGACGGGAGCCGCCCAGGCGGAGUGCCUGAUGGUCGUAGAGGGGGAGGACCCUCACCUCUCCAGGAAGAGCGCCAUGAUGAGCCAGUUUGAAGGCAAGGCCCUGGGCCUGGACAAAGCCAUCCUGCACAGCAUCGACUGCUGCGCGUCGGACGAGACCAAGCGGAAGAUGUACAGCUCCGUUCUGGUGGUGGGCGGCGGCCUCAUGUUUCCCGGGGCCCAGGAGUUCCUGCUGCACCGCAUCGUCAACAAGAUGCCGCCCUCCUUCAGGAGGCUGGUGGACAACGUGGAGGUCAUCACCAGGCCCAAGGACAUGGACCCCCGUCUGAUAGCGUGGAAGGGCGGCGCGGUGCUGGCGUGUCUGGACACCACGCAGGAAAUAUGGAUCCACCAACGCGAGUGGCAGCGCUUCGGCGUUCGAAUGCUCCGCGAGCGAGCGGCUUUUGUCUGGUGAACACACACACUUUUGUCUGGUGAACAGUACACACACACUUUUGUCUGGUGAACACACACUUUUGUCUGGUGAACACACACACUUUUGUCUGGUGAACACACACACUUUUGUCUGGUGAACAGUACACACACACUUUUGUCUAGUGAACACACACACUUUUGUCUGAUGAAUACACACACUUUUGUCCAGUGAACACACACACUUUUGUCUGAUGAACACACAAACUUUUGUCUGGUGAACACACACACUUUUGUUUGGUGAACACACACACUUUUGUCUGGUGAACACA